AUGGCUCAGACGGAGCCCCCGAAGGCGGUGCAGCUGUGGCGCGACGCCGCCCUGCGCGCACGGAAGCUGCGGGGAGGCCCCGGCGAGCCCGAGCCCGAGGCGGACGCGGGGCCGCCGGGGGGGCCGCCGCCGCCCCCCGGUGCCGCCGCUCCUCGCCGCCCGUCCCUGGCGGCGGCGGCGCUGGGGGAGCUGGAGGCGCUGAACCUGAGCGGGCGGGAGCUGGAGGAGCUGCCCGAGGAGGUGGGUGCCGCCCUGAGCGGGCUGCGGGUGCUCAGCCUGCGGCGCAACCGGCUGGGCCGCCUGCCCGCCGCCGCCCUGCGCCACCUGGGCCGCCUGGCCGAGCUCGACCUCAGCCACAACCGGCUGCGGGGCCUGGGGGACGGCGGGGCGCUGGCGGGGCUGCGGGGCCUGCGCAAGCUCAGCCUCAGCCACAACGAGCUGGGCGCCGAGGGCCCGGGGCUGCCCCCCCGCCUCGCCGAGCUGGGCUGCCUCGAGGAGCUCGACCUCAGCUUCAACCGCCUGCGCCGCCUGCCCGAGGGCCUGGGCCGUCUGCGGCACCUCCGCGCCCUCGACGUCGACCACAACCUGCUGCCCUCCUUCCCUGCCCCGGUGCUGGAGCUGGCCGCCCUGGAGGAGCUCGACUGUUCCGGCAACCGCCACCUCGGAGCCCUGCCCGAGGGCAUUGCUGCUCUCCGCCGCCUCAAGAUCCUCUGGCUCAGCGGCACCGGGCUGGCAUCCCUUCCCGAGGGUCUCUGCCAGCUGAGCGCCCUCGAGAGCCUCAUGCUGGACAGCAACCGGCUGCAGGCGCUGCCCGCUGGUUUCGGCAGACUACAGCGGCUCAAGAUGCUGAACCUCUCAUCCAAUCUGCUGGGGGAGUUCCCCUCUGCCAUCUUGGCACUGCCCAGUCUGGAGGAGCUCUACCUGAGCCGCAACCAGCUCACUGUGCUGCCCCCUCACCUCUGUCAGCUCCACCAGCUCCGCACUCUCUGGCUGGACAACAACCGCAUCCGCUACCUGCCUGACUCCAUUGUGCUCCUCCACAGCCUAGAGGAGCUGGUCCUGCAAGGCAACCAGAUCGCCAUCCUGCCUGAGGGCUUCGGGCAGCUUUCCCGUGUCACCCUAUGGAAGAUCAAAGAUAACCCCCUCAUCCAGCCCCCCUAUGAGGUGUGCAUGAAAGGCAUCCCCUACAUCGCAGCUUACCAGCAGGAGCUAGCCCACUCUCAGCCUGCCCUCAAACCUCGCCUCAAACUAGUCCUCAUGGGCCUAAAGAACGCAGGAAAGACUUUGCUGAGACGGUGCCUCAUGGAGGAAAAUGAGCAGAGAGAGGACGUGGAAAGCCUGGAGGCAGGGAACACCCAGCACAGAGGGUUUCCUGGGCAACAGCAGGACAUUGGGAGGGUGGCAGUUGGGUGUUGUCCCUUUCCAGAGCCUCAAGACAAUUCCUCAACUCGGGUAUCUGUCAUGCAGCAGGUAGAACAUCUCCCUGUUGAGCGGCAGGACAUCUCUUCUCGUGUUUUGCCCUCUCACCGAGAAAACGGGGACGCAACAUCCCCUGCACCGUCGCUGCCACCCAAUGCGCCCCGAACACCACUGGGACUAGGACUAUCAGGAGGCAGUAAGGGCAUUGAGGUGAUGGACUGGACAGCAGAUGCAGAGAGGGGCCUGACAUUCAUUGUAUAUGAGCUGGCAGGGGAUCCGAGCUAUGAUGUGAUCCAGUCUUUUUUCCUCUCCCCUGGAGCCUUGUAUGUGCUGGUGGUGAAUUUGAGUGCCUACGUCCCUCAGCACUUCUACCCCUCUGUGGGCUAUUUCUUACACUGGCUCAGUUCCAAGGUGCCCCAUGCUGUAGUGUGCAUGGUGGGAACCCAUGCUGACCUCUGUGCGGAGCGGGAGUUGGAAGAGAAGUGCCUGGACAUCCAUCACCAGAUUGCUCAGCAGGAGAAGAGGGAUGCUGAGGGACUCCAGAGCUUAGUCCAGCAGGUGGAUGAGGCUCUGGGACAGGACUUCGACCUGCGCUGCUCCAGCCCGCAUGCUGCCUUUUACAGGGUCUCAGACAAGAACUUGCGGCGAAAGAAAGCCCAGUUUCAGUAUCUUCUCAACCACCGCCCACAGAUCCUGUCUCCAGUGCUGCCUUUCAGCUGCCAGGACCGUUGCCAGGUGCGUCGCCUGCGGGACAAGCUCCUCUCUGUGGCUGAGCACCGGGAUAUCUUCCCAAACCUGCAUCGGGUGUUGCCCAAGUCCUGGCAAGUGCUGGAGGAGCUGCACUUCCAGCCUCAAGCACAGCAGUUGUGGCUUAGCUGGUGGGACUCUGCCCGGCUGGGCUUGCAGGCAGGUCUGACGGAGGAUCGGCUGCAGAGUGCCCUGUCCUACCUGCACGAGAGUGGAAAGCUGCUCUACUUUGAGGAGCAUCUCACCUUGCGGGAGUAUGUGUUCCACAAUCUGCCGCGGCUCAUAGACAUCCUCAAUGUCUUUUGCCAGCGGGAUGCCACUGUGCUGCUCCAGAAACUGCUCAGUGACACUCAGAUUGACGAACUGAGGACCACUCAGCUCCAUCAUUAUGUGGAGGGCUUUUUGCUGCAUGGCCUCCUUCCUGCCCAUGUUAUCCGUCUCCUUCUUAAGCCUCACGUCCAGAGUCGGGAGGAUCUGCAGCUCAUUCUGGAGCUUCUGGAGAAGAUGGGGCUGUGUUACUGUGUCAACAAACCCAAAUGCAAGCCCUUAAAUGGGGCGGCUGUUUGGUACAAGUUUCCCUGCUACGUGAAAAACGAGGUGCCCCAUGCAGAGGCAUGGAUCAACGGCACCAAUCCGAGCGGACAGUCCUUUGUGGUUGAGCAGCUGCAGAUUGAAUAUAGCUUUCCAUUCAUUUUCCCACCCGGCUUGUUUGCACGCUACAGUGUCCAGAUUAACAACCACGUGGUUCAGCGGUCAGAUGGCAAAUACCAGAUUUAUGCCUACCGGGGAAAGGUGCCUGUGGUGGUGAGUUACCGGCCUGCCAGGGGAGCUCUGCAGCCAGACACUCUGUCUAUCGCUAGUCACGCGUCCCUACCAAAUAUCUGGACAGCUUGGCAAGCUAUUAUGCCUUUAGUGGAAGAACUGAAUGUCCUGCUCCAGGAAUGGCCGGGCCUGUACUACACUGUGCAUGUCCUUUGUUCAAAGUGCCUUAAAAGAGGGUCACCCAACCCACACACUUUUCCAGGAGAACUGCUGAGUCAGCCGAGACCAGAGGGACUGACGGAGAUCAUCUGUCCCAAGAACGGCAGCGAGCGAGUUAAUGUUGCCUUGGUUUACCCCCCCACUCCUACUGUGAUCAGCCCUUGUUCCAAGUGA